AUCAACGAGCACGGAGCCGCGGAGCGACUGCCAGACCGAAUUCCGAGUUGGCAUCUCUGCCGGCAAGCCGUGGCAGUCGCUCGUCGACGGUUCUGACGGGACGAGUUCGUCGCGGUUGCUCGGUUACGACGACUAGUAAACGUACAGUGCAUGCCACUUGCAGCGUGCAGACGGCGAUCUGCGUGGUAGGGCGAGAGGAACAAGUGUUUUCACGAGUAACACGGGGAGAGUGAAAGAUGGCGGCGGUAUACCGAAACGUGCCACAAUAGUGAUGCAGUGUGCUCCGGUGCUGUUGUCCCUGUUGACUCUGUUGAUUGUUCCGCGCGAAGUAGCUCGUUGAGCGGAGCGCGGCCAAAUGAUAUGGGAAUUUGCAGCAGAAGGCACUUUCUAUUGACAAUAUGCAGCCUGCAACUAAUUACCACAGUAGAGCGCCAGGUUUUCGACUUCCUGGGAUUUAUGUGGGCCCCGAUACUGGUCAACUUCUUCAAUAUUAUCUUCGUAAUUUUAGGAUUCUUUGGGGCCUUUCAAUACAGACCUAAAUACAUCAUAUCGUAUUGUGUAUGGAAUACGCUGUGGCUAGGAUGGAACAUAUUUAUAAUAUGCUUUUACCUCAGCGUAGGAAUACUGAACAAAGAUAGCGAUAUCCUCAAUCUUGGUACUGGCAGUUUUUCCUGGUGGUACGUGAAUGGACCAGGUUGCAAAGUUGUUUACGACGUGACGGAACCAGAGUUCUUCAGACCUGCACGUCCCACCAAUGUAACGGACUGCGUACUGGAUUACGAAGUAAUCGAAAUUUUACAUGCUGCAACGCAGUGUGUCUUGGGUCUGAUGGCCAUUGUCGGUGGAAUCUGUCUGAGUAAAGUGUUCCUCGAGGAAGAUGAUAGCUUUGACUUUGUUGGAGGUGAUGACUUUGGGUUGGCAGGCCAUACGCCGUUGCAUCCUAUGUACGUUAGCUAUUCGGCUCUUCCACCACCCGCUUACUCUCACAAAAAUUCUACUCAAAAUGAUUACACAACCGGCACAGCUAGCUCUCAUCAAUCUACGUAUCGCGAAUCGAGCUUUCCGAAACGCGCUGGCGAAAAGCUGCUGCUCGGCGACGGUUCCGCGCGCGUCAAAAGCAACGUUCUUACCCUUAGGAAUGAUACAGUCCACAGUGACAACAGUCGCUCGUCCAAUCGUGACUUUCAGAACGUCGAUUCCUCGGUCGAUUAUUCUAAUCCCGUGGACCACUUACAGCGACCCGUGUCGCCCGUGUACGACGAGUACGACUCGUUGGACAGUGCCGCGAAGCUAAGGUAUCAGAAGAACAAGCUGUACUACCCGCACUCGGCAAAGUAUAGUCCAGUUGCGCGUAUCAAGUCUCGCCCGAUUGCCAUUAAGCAAGCUAGGAAUCCCGGCAAGCCUCGAGUCUUCACCGAUCACAUUCGCGAUCAGCGUCUGAGAUCAUUUUACUCCGAUCCGAGAUUGGCCGUUGAUCAGCAUCAGACAUCGAGCGAGCACGACAGAUCGUCGUCUCAAACGAAACGAGAUAGCCGACCCCUGUCUCUCUACGCGAAUAAAGCUAAGCGAAAGAAGAAACAGCCGCGACCACUGUACAGCAUCGAGUACUCGCAGCCGGAACCGCCAGUGCAAGAUGAGAGCGUGUCGCCGAAGCCGAUGACGCCGCGUCGGGUAAAGCGACGCUCAGUGAUUUCACGGGAUGGCUCGCGUCGUUCGAGUACGCGGCGCAGCUCGGUACGCCAGUCGCGUCGGAAGAACCCGGUGAACCGCAUCAUGGACCACCAGGAGAGUCUGUAUGCCAACACCGGACCUUGCAUCGGCAACCUGACGAAUCAGAACGUGAACUCGCUGUCGCAGGGCACGCUCAACUAUGAUCGAAUCUCGGUUGGCUGGGACCGCGAGCGGAAUCCCGGCAACUGGCAGUCUGAAGCAGUUAACGUAGCGGUGUCGUCGCCGACUCUAUGGCCGCCGACUAAUCCGGAUUCCUCUAACAACUACUCAAACGCCUCGUCUCGUUUCUCGGCCGGACAGAAUCCACCGAACUGGGACCAGCACGCUAGCACUAGCUCCACUCGCAAUCUCACUGACAACUGGCAAGCACCGAGUGAGCUUAAUCCGAUGCAAUGGCAGGGUCAGAGUAAUCCCACCUUUCAGCAGACUAGCACGCAAAGUCUGAACGGUGAGGAUAUGGAGGAUCUGUAUAGCAAUAGGCCGGCCAGUGCUAGAUCCAGCUACAGCAACUACCAUGGCGUCCGAGCGACACCGCAGGUGCCUAAUCGGACCGACGUUGUCAGACAGAGCCAGCGACAGUUCGUUCUAAGCGGACCGCCCGCUUACCAGGACACAGUAAUCUAACGCAGCGAUCUGCGAAGCACCGCGUCAUGUCAAAUUAAGAAAUUGCAAAUAGGCCUUAUAGAAUCUUCUGCUAUUUAUCAUAUAAUCAAACGGAAUAAUAUUGAUCGUAGAUAAAAAGAGUGAGAUAGUAUCAUCUCGUAGAAAUAUUGUAGCAAGAACGGUAUUAUUUUUGAUAGCGCUAGUUGCUCAUGCGACGUGUUCGAUUCAAAGAGAAGUGAAUAUAACAAACGUUUGUAAAAGGAAACUAUAGUUAUAAUAUGAAUUAUCAAUUCUUUUCUUAUCACUGAUAUUGUCAAGUUAUAAUAGUUCCACGUAAUUAACUUUAUCUGAAUAAUUAUAUAUAGUUGUGAUGAUUACAUUUGCUGAUGCUUACAAGAAAUAGUAGUCGAGAGUGCAGCAAGCAUCGCGAUCUCGCAGAUUUCAGAGCUUUAUUUACAAUUAGUGUGGAUCAAUGCGAUACAUUGUUACUAAUAUCACAUUGCAUUGCACUGUAAGAAAUAAUUUUUGUAAGAGACAAUUUUAUUUUUAAGACUUGAAAAACCACGAUCUGUUUUUUUAUUACAAUUUUUACAAUAUUGUUUUAAAAAGUUUCAACUGACGGAUGCAUUGUUGUAUCCACUUUUAUGAUCCGUUGUUGGUUUAAUAUAAGUGAUUAUCAUAUCGAUGGUAAAUUCGUACAGUUGUGUGAAGAAACUAUUUUAAAAACGGUGCAAAUUAGUACUUGGGAAAAUACUAAUUUUAAUAAUGCAAUAAUUUAAUACGCAUAUUUGGCAUUGUGCGAAUUAAAUUUGCGCCACUUUUAAAAUAGACAGCUCACACGAUGAAUUAUAAUGAAGGCUGCCUUCACUCUCAGGAUAGCUCUAUCCGACUGACAUAAUUAAUGUACUUAAAGUAUAAAGAUUAAUGGAUAAGAGAACUGUAAUGAUGUUAGAAUUUUUACUUAAACUAUUUUCUUCUAUUUUCCUUCUCGUUACCGAAGCUUUCGUAGAAAUUUUUCAUAAACCAUUCUCAUCUUAUUUAUAUCAUACAUUUAAAAAUCUUGUUUUGUGCGUAAAAUCAAAAUCUCAUCACAUCACGUAAAUAUAGAUUUGUAAAUAUAGAUUAAUAAUCACUCAUUACUUUUCAUAUAAGCACAUUUCCAUAACAAUUUAGAAAACAAAUGUCGAUUUUAUUUAUAAUUUUUUCCAAGUACGAGGUUGCCUCAAGGAACGAUUUGUAUCGUUUAUUUUUAUGACAAUUGAAAAUUACAUAUUCUCAUUUUUGAUACUUAAAUAUUUUUAACUCAACUUUUUAGAAGCAUAUACUUAAUAACUCAUGUGUAUGCUUAAGCGUACACGAUAUUAUAGUCUUCCAAUUGCUGCAAUUGUCAUAGAUUUUGAAAACUAAAAAUUUCUACGAUUUACUCUUGUCUACAUUAGCUGUAAAUGACAAUUUAUAGAACGGCAUAUAAUAUUAUGACGUGUGCAAUACUGCCCGUUUUGUAAUAAAGUCUAAAAUAAUGUCUAAAGUAGAAAAAGUAAUAGUAAAUUAAUAUUAAUAUUAAAUUACUUGCAAAAUAAAUUGAAAUGAAAUUGACUCCGACGCGCUUGAGUUAAUUUUUUAGAUCAGUCGUAUCAUUACGUAUCAAUUAAUAUUCUUUGAGAAGCUCGUAAUUUAGCUCAACUGAGAAAAUGGAUAUUAUAUAAAAUAUGAUUUUCACGUAUAAUAAUUAUUCGUUCCUUUUUACUUGUUACGAUAUUUACAAAGAGUAUAAGUGCAUCGAGAAUUUCGAAUAAGAGGGGAGAUGGAAACCAAAGUAUUAAAUAUUGAUGUACACGUAAGACGUAUUAAUUUUCAAACUGCCUCACCUGUCCUGAUUAUUGUACAAUUAGUAGAAUUAAUUCUGAGACUUGCUCGAUAAGCGAAAGAAUAAUUGAACGUGUUACUUCGUCCUCAUUACUUAUAAAAAGUUUGUAGUUUUUUAGUUAUGUAAUAUUUGUUAAUUAGACAAGCUAGAUAAAUUAGGUAAGCUUACAAAUAUUAGUAGUAGAAUAGCUUCGUACGAGGCAGCAAUUUAAGGCAGCUGUUUCAUCGAUUACAAAGCGCAUAUAUAGAAUUAUAUUGGUGCACUUCAUGCUAUUAAGAUUAUUUUUCACAUAUCACAUAUUGCAAUUUUAAAUGACACACACGAUUUUACGACAAUAAUUUGUUAAUAGUGAUUAUUUGAUUACACCGAAAUAGAACAAUUAUUCAAUACGCACGAUUAUAUUAUUCAAAGUUUACAAUUAUUCUGCAAUGUAUUAUUGUGUAACAAUUGUAAGACAAUAAACGAUAAGUGUUUAUUAUUCUA